AAUCCGGUAACGCCUCUUGGACUUGCACACUAUAUCUCCGAAGACGACGAAUACAGAGGAAUAUUUUGAUCGAGUGAAGCACCACCAUUUUCCCUAACGUUUGGGCUAUCUUGCAUGAUCCUGAGGUCUACCCUGCGAUCGAUUCGAAGAGAAGCUUACUGUACGGGGCCUUUCAGCUUCCGAAAUGAACGAAAUCCCAAAUGCGGCAUUCGGUUUUGGUCCAAGAGCGUGCCCAGGUCGGUAACAGAAGCCACCGAUGUCAAUGGACAACCCAUAGACAGUACCGGCGGGUUUUAUGGUUCAACCCUUCUUAGUCACCCUCGUCCUUUCAAGUGCCAGAUCGAGCCGCGGACCCCCAGCGCAAAAGCAUUAAAUUGAGGAGACCAACCUAGAAGCCUGAAUUUUAGUUCCUUUUAUGAUGAUCUAGAUAGAUCGUGC